AUGGUUUCCUUCAAAACUCUUUUAAUUUUCUUUUUGCUUUUAGUUAUUAGCAGUUGUGAUGCUUAUCAAGUUUCUCAUGACGGAAGAGCCAUCACCAUUAAUGGUGAAAGAAAAGUUCUUUUAUCCGGUUCCAUUCAUUACCCUAGAAGCACUGCUCAAAUGUGGCCUGAUCUGAUAAAGAAAGCCAAGGAAGGAGGACUUGAUGCAAUUGAAACCUAUGUAUUCUGGAAUGCCCACGAGCCACUUCGUCGCGAAUACAACUUUACUGGAAAUUUAGAUCUGAUAAGGUUUUUGAAAACAAUUCAAGAUGAAGGACUCUAUGCUGUUCUACGUAUUGGACCUUAUGUUUGCGCUGAAUGGAACUAUGGAGGAUUUCCAGUGUGGUUGCACAAUAUGCCUGGCGUUCAGUUGCGCACAGCCAACAGCGUUUUUAUGGAUGAGAUGAAAAACUUUACACAAUUGAUAGUUAACAUGGUGAAAGAAGAGAAGCUAUUUGCAUCUCAAGGAGGUCCUAUUAUUCUUGCACAAAUUGAGAAUGAAUAUGGUAAUGUAGAGACAUCUUAUGGAGAUGCUGGUAAAGCUUAUAUUGAUUGGUGUUCAAACAUGGCUCAAUCUCUUAAUAUUGGAGUUCCAUGGAUUAUGUGCCAACAGAGUGAUGCUCCCCAACCCAUGAUAAAUACGUGCAAUGGCUGGUACUGUGAUCAGUUUACUCCUAACAAUCCCAAUAGCCCAAAGAUGUGGACUGAAAACUGGACUGGAUGGUUCAAGAAUUGGGGUGGCAGAGAUCCUCAUAGAACAGCAGAGGACCUUGCAUUUGCUGUUGCAAGAUUCUUUCAAACUGGUGGCACGUUCCAAAAUUACUAUAUGUAUCAUGGCGGGACAAACUUUGGCAGAACAGCUGGCGGUCCAUAUAUUACCACUACAUAUGAUUACGAUGCGCCACUUGAUGAAUUUGGAAAUUUGAAUCAGCCAAAAUAUGGGCAUUUGAAAGAACUUCAUGAUGUAUUGCAUUCGUUGGAGAAAACACUAACCAGUGGCAAUAUUUCAAACAAUGAUUUGGGAAAUUCCGUUUCGGUUACAAUUUAUGCUUUGGAUAACAAAUCAAGCUGCUUCUUGAGCAAUGCAAAUACAACCACAGAUGCCACCAUCACUUAUGAAGGUGUUAAAUACAAUGUUCCAGCUUGGUCUGUUAGUAUUCUUCCAGAUUGCAGGACUGAGGUUUACAACACAGCAAAGGUGAAUACUCAAACUUCCAUCAUGGUGAAGAAGUCAAAUGAGGGAGAAAGUGAGGCAGCUUCUCUACAAUGGUCAUGGAGGCCUGAGAAACUUGAUGAAACUGUACUACUUGGAAAGGGUCACGUUUCUGCAAAUAAAUUGCUUGAUCAAAAGGUAGCUGAUGAUGUUAGUGACUAUAUGUGGUACAUGACAAGUUUUAACCUUGGCAAAGAUGAUCCAAUCUGGAGUGAUGAUAUGACCCUUAGAGUGAAUGGCACUGGCCACAUCUUACAUGUCUAUGUCAAUGGCCAAUAUCUAGGGUCGAAAUGGGCAACAUAUGGAAUCUUCAAUUAUGUCUUUGAAAACAAGAUUAAAUUGAAUCCUGGAAAGAAUCAGAUUGCAUUGCUUAGUGCUACUAUUGGCCUUCAGAACUAUGGAGCUCGUUUUGAUUUGGUUCAAACUGGAGUCCCUGGUCCAGUUGAAAUAGUUGGAAGAAAUGGUGAUGAACGUGUAGUUAAAGAUUUGUCUGCACACAAAUGGUCGUACAAGGUUGAUCUGAAUGGACUUGAAAAUAAGUUGUAUGUUGGAAAUCCACGCUUUGUAUCUCAAUGGCAAUCCCAUGAUGUUCCUAUUAAUAGGAUGAUGACAUGGUACAAGGCUACUUUUAAAGCUCCAUUAGGUAAUGAUCCAGUGGUUGUGGACUUACAAGGUUUGGGCAAGGGGCUAGCCUGGGUAAAUGGUCAAAGCAUAGGUCGUUAUUGGCCAAGUUAUUUGGCAGAAGAAGAUGGCUGUUCUACUGACCCUUGUGAUUACCGUGGUCCAUAUAGUGAUAAAAAAUGCAAUUCCAACUGUGGUCAGCCUACUCAAAGAUGGUACCAUGUUCCACGUUCGUUCAUGUCCAACGAUGGUGACAACGAGAUAGUGUUGCUUGAAGAAUUCGGAGGCAACCCAUCACUUGUGAAUUUCCAAACAGUUAGAGUAGGAAGUGCUUGUGGAAAUGCAUAUGAAGAUAAGUUGAUGAACAUAUCAUGCCAAGGUCGACCAAUUUCUGCUAUAAAAUUUGCAAACUUUGGUGAUACACAAGGGACUUGUGGUUCUUUUGAGAAGGGAAGCUGUGAAAGCAACAUUGAUCUACUUUCUAUAAUCCAAAGGGAGUGUGUUGGCAAGGAAAAUUGUUCUGUGGCUGCAUCUGAAAGUAUUCUUGGAUCGACUAAUUGUGACAAUAUUGCCAAGAGGCUCGUGGUCGAGGCCAUUUGCUAGUUUUUGCAAGUCUUAAUCUUUUUUCUUUUUUCUUUUUUCUUUCUUCAGAAUAUAACAAAAUUUAGUUGUUAAUUCUUAGAUUUUGAUCGGGUGGUUUAAUUUCUCCUUAGAAUGUGAUUUAGUGAUAAAUCUGAUGUAUUCUAUGAGUAGAGAAUUAAUAGAUUUUACCGAGA